AUGGAAAUUAGCCUCUUCUGCAUUUCCAACUCAAAAUUGAGGGAGCUUAAAGACUCUAUUUCAAUAGAAGGUUCAGUAGUAUCCUGGUUAACAGUGAAUAAUGCACUAGCUACAUUAAUAAUAUCGAAUGGGAGUCAAAAACCUUUACAGGGAAAUCUAUCUGUUGCAUAUGAUGGUUGUAUAAUUCUUGAUUUACUACUACCCAAAAGAUUUAUAGGAAAUUCCUCUUUGAAGUUCCCCAUCACCUUUAAUAUUCAUCCAAGAUCCAUCUCUGAAGCAGUACUUACUAUCUCCGAGUUACGAAACAAAUUCAAUAAUAAGUAUGUAAAAGACAUUAUCAGACUUUUAAAUGGUUUGGGCGAUAUUACAGAGGAAUGUGUAUUAUAUGCCAAGAAUCUAAAUUCUAUUUUGGUCAUUAGUAUAUUUUAUAAACAAGACUGGUGUAGAAGUUUGGGAUUUCAGGAUGCUUUGAGGAUGGCCAAUCCUUUCUUGGACUGGAUUCCUAGAGUAUUGCCGAUGCCGGUACAGCGGAUUGGAAAUGUAGAUUUGAUUUUUGGAUUGGGAAUUCGGUAG